AACCGCCCUUAAACCAGAGAAGAAGAAAAAGAAGGAGUAACACGGCCGACGACAAAAGGCACGAAAGAAUUGUUGAAUGAAAAAUUAGACAAAUCUGUCCGUCGUGAUUAAAAAAAAACGACAGCAUUAGUCAAGAAAGUUCCUCUCAAUUAACUGACCUUCCAGCUCACAAGCGUCUGCUUCAGAAGAAUAUGGAGCCCCCAAAGCAAGCAAAUCCAGACUGCGGUUCUCAGGAAGUUAACCCGGUGUUUCUGCAACAACUCAGAGAGCUGGACAUUCCAGAAGAGGCAGCUAAACAGGCACUCCUGCAUACUCUGAAUGUUUCUGCUGAGGAGGCGGCCAUGUACUACUUCAACAAACUGGAGAAUGAGGAGGAGGGUGAUGAUGACCUGAUGUUCAAAAUGGUGUUUGUGGUCAACAUGGACCUUGCCAUGGGUGUAGGAAAGGUAGCUGCUCAGGUGGGCCAUGCCGCUGUGGGAUUAUACCAGACCCUGCAGGAGAAAAGCAGCUGGAGGGAGAUGGCCUGGAAGUGGGACCACAGUGGAGCUAAGAAGAUUGUGGUCCAAGGCACCAAUGUGUCUCAUCUGUUGGAGCUCCAGGCCUUGGCCAUGAGCCUCAGUCUGCCCACUUACCUGGUCCAGGAUGCUGGUCUUACUCAGGUGGAGUCUGGCUCCCGUACUGUCCUGGCUGUAAUGGGUGAGGAGGAAAUGGUAAACAACGUCACCGGGAGUCUGAAGCUGCUGUGAUGGCCUCAAGACGAGACCACAAGACGCAAAGGUGUAAUGUCUGACAGCAACAAGCAGAGGGCACAAUUUCCCAAAGAAAGCAAGAAGCUAGCACGUGUUUAACCUUUAACAUGCCAGACAGAAGACAAGUAACCCCACACUAAGUCUUAAAACAUGAACAUUUCCACCCGAUCGUUCUUUUUGAAUUAGUGUGUAGCUUGUGUGUGUAUUAGUGUAGCUUGUGUGCUGCGCUGUUAGGAUUCUGGAAGUAUCGGGUCAAGUCUUUCCACUUUGAAAAAUGCAAUGUUCCCCCGGAGACUCGUCUUCUGGUUUAUAUACACGCAUGUACGACUGUCUUGUCAAAUCAUUCACGGACCUAAAACAGUCUUAUUCAGCUCUUUCAUUGAAAAAUGUAACAUUGCUGCUUGUGCAAAGACAUACAUUCACGUCAUACAAUAUGCUACUUGGCUGAGCAGCCACGUCCAAAUGGUGCACCAGCUGUUUAUCUUCACAUGCUCGUGCAUAGCUGAGCUGCUCUCGUCAACACAAAAUUACAACUUCUUGCAUGACUGUUGGUUAGCACCUCUGUGUUGCUUUCAUUUUUGUUAGCGGUGGCUUUUGCACGCCGCUAUUCUUUCUUGGGAACCAUCUUACUCCACCUUCACUAACGACCAGUCAUAUGGUCGCUGCUCUGACUACAUGUAUGUCUGAGUUAGCGCUGAUGCUACAUGGGCAAUAGUUUACCUUUUUAUUGCAUGUAUUUCACUUUUUUUCUGUGUAAGCCAGCGGUGUCCAAACUUCUCCGUCUGAGAGUCAUGUAGAGAACAUUCAAAGUAUGUCCCCUUUUGUUUAUUAAACACGCUAAUCUAUUGUUAGUAAAAAAAAAAAAAAGGACAAGAAGUUUAAUUUACUUAACUAAAAAAUGUAUUAAUGUGACCUUAUUCACAAUUAAAAUGCUUGAAUAAACGAUUCCGCAGUGUCCAAAUAGUAUUAAAAUACUUUUUCGUAGAGAUGUGCAGAUCAGUGUUAGUCAAUUUUCAUAGUAAAGUAUGUGAUUGUAUUGCUAAUUAAUGCAUUUUAUUGCUAAUCCCAUUUUGAUGAGACAAUUUGUUUAGUCCCCAGGCUGACAAGCAGCGAGUAAUGUCUCCAUACACAGUGUGGAGCCGCUCCUCCAGGCUAAUCACCUCCAUUAAGGCAGAUAAACUGCAUUUAUUAGUCUUUACAGUAUCAUAUUACACACAAUGGACAACAAUGAGGAGUUAGUUUAAAUGUUGAGUUGAUAUUGUUGAACUGUCAGAUUCAUCAUAGAUCAUUUAAAAAUUAAGUUUACCGAUUUUACUUACGGAUGAUCAGAACCGGAUCUCACAGCAUGAAACCCUGAUCAAAGCAUCUCCACUUUUUAGGCCCUGUAAUUAUUUUUGUUUAGAGUGAAGUCAAAUAUAAGGCAUGAUAAUUGACCAUGAUGCAUUUUUGUUAUACUAUUGCAAUGUUGAUUACGUAAUUGAAAGCUAUUAUAAUUGCAGAUGACAGGUUUCUAUUUUUAUAGAAAGUAAUUUGCAGUGUUAUUUAAAAAUAUCAAUGAAUAGCUGAUAUAAAUACUAUAGACAUACUGUUUUUGCACAUUUCUGUUUAAUACUUUAGUCUAUGUCUAGUUGUCCCCCAUAAAGUAACGAAACACUUCCCUUUUCAUCCAUAGAAACUAUGCUGCGGCAACAAAUAGGCUCCAGGCCAGACUUUGGACACCACUGCUGUAAAUAUUGAUUUAAACGAAGACACACCUUUGAGUACAGAUGUGUCAACAUGUAUACGUUCCUUUCCUGUGUUGUAAUGAUCCUGACAGUGUAGUGAUGUUUGCAUAGUUACUAAACAUAUUGUCUUGUCUUGCUAUGUGUGAACUGAUGGGCUUACUAAAUGUACCUUUUUGCAGAUGAAACUCAUGCAUGUAUCACAUGUGUACUAACUACUCGACAGAAAGACAGCACAGGAAAAUUAUACAGCCUAAAGAUGA